AUGAGCUUUGGGUUGAAAGUCAGGUCAGCAGGAGACCACGGGACCCUGAGCCUUAGCCGUCGGUGGGCGCAUGAAUCUGUGGGGUUAUUUGUACCUCCAAGUCCUCCUUUGGACCCUAAGAAGGUUAAAGAGUUGCAACGCUUUGUCACCCUUUCCAAGAGAAUCCUAGUGAUGACCGGGGCAGGCAUCUCCACAGAGUCGGGGAUCCCAGACUAUCGGUCAGAAGGGGUGGGACUCUAUGCCCGCACUGACCGCAGGCCCAUCCAGCACAGGGACUUUGUACAGAGUGCGUCAAUCCGCCAGCGGUACUGGGCAAGAAACUUCGUGGGCUGGCCACGGUUCUCCUCCCACCAGCCUAAUCCGGCACACUGGGCUCUGAGCAACUGGGAGAGACUCGGAAAGCUGUACUGGUUGGUGACCCAAAAUGUAGAUGCCUUGCACACCAAGGCGGGGAGUCAGCGCCUGACAGAGCUCCACGGCUGUAUGCACAGGGUCCUCUGCUUGGCUUGUGGUGAGCGGACUGCCCGCAGGGUGCUGCAGGGGCGUUUUGAAGCACUGAACCCCACCUGGAGUGCCGAGGCCCACGGCCUGGCUCCCGACGGUGAUGUCUUUCUCACUGAGGAGCAGGUGCAAAGCUUCCAGGUCCCCUCCUGCGCUCGGUGUGCAGGUCCCCUGAAACCAGAUGUCGUCUUCUUCGGAGAUGCGGUGAACCCUGGCAAGGUUGACUUUGUACACAAGCGGGUCAGAGAAGCCGACUCCCUGCUGGUGGUGGGAUCGUCCUUGCAGGUGUACUCUGGUUACAGGUUUAUCCUGAUGGCCCAAGAGAAGAAGCUGCCAAUUGCAAUACUGAACAUUGGGCCCACUCGGUCGGACCACUUGGCGUGCCUGAAACUGGAGUCUCGUUGUGGAGACUUGCUGCCCUUGAUAGACCCACGUUGA